GAUUAACGAACGUUUACCCAAACGGUAGUGGGUUACGGCAGUGAAGAAGGAAGAACGAGCCAGUGCGAAAUUGUGAAAAAUGACAGCGGAUAUAGCAAAGGGGCCUAUAUUGGGCCAGAGACAUUUGCAGAUUUUCUUGCUCUUCCUUUCCAUUACCGUCAACUACAUUGCCAAAUUUAAUGCCGGCGUAGCAGUGGUGGCCAUGACAAAUGCGGAAACUACAAAUCCCAACUUUCCGGAAUACGACUGGGAUGAAAUGCAAAAGUCCUUCAUCUUGUCGAGUUUCUUCUGGGGUUACUUUGUGACGCAAUUUCCCGGUGGCUAUCUCUGCAGACGCUUUGGAGCGAAAAUAACCAUGUUCAUAUCGACCAUCGGCUCGGCUCUUGCCGCACUUCUUAUACCCUUUACCGUGGAUUGGGGUGGUUGGCAAGUCUACUGUGGCAUACGUGUGAUCCAGGGUCUAUUUCAAGGUCUACUCUUUCCUUGCAUUCAUGCCCAUCUGGCCGCCUGGUGUCCUGUGGAGGAACGAAAUCGUUUGGGCGCCCUGGCAAAUACUGGCAUUGAGUGUGGGACAGUGUUGGCCAUGUUCUUGGGUGGCAUAAUAGCAGCCUCCAGCAUGGGUUGGCCUGGCAUAUCCUAUGUCUCAUGUGCUGUUGGAGUCUUCUGGUGCAUUUUGUGGCUAAUAUUUGCAGCAAAUACACCACGUGAAUCAAAAUUGAUUUCAGAGGUAGAGCUUAAUUACAUUGAGACCUCCAAGAAUGCCCUGAAGGAGAUGGAUGUCAAGGAGACACCGAAAAAAAUUCCUGUGCCUUGGAAGGCCAUAAUGACAUCAUGGCCUUUCUGGGCUUUACUGGUGGCCAGAUCAGCUCAAUCCUGGGGUUUCUCCACGCUGCAAGCCGAAAUCCCCUCCUACAUGAAUGGUGUGCUUGGCAUGGACAUGAAGAGCAAUGCAAUGUUUUCGGCUCUGCCCUAUUUUACCAUGUGGUGCAUGUCCUAUGUAUACCUUAUUCUAUCGGAUAUUUUGUUGCAACGCAAGGUCCUAACCUUAAAUGGGGUUAGGAAAACCUUCAAUUCUUUGGCCUUUUGGGUGCCGGCAAUUGGCUUGAUAGCUGUGGGUUUUGUGGGUGAGGAUCAACAAACCUUGGCCAUUGUUCUGAUGACAGCGAAUGUGGGCAUCAAUGCAGGCUCUACCAUAGGCAGUGCUUUAAACACCAUCGAUUUGUCACCCAAUCAUGCAGGCAUUCUCAUGGGUAUAGUGAAUACCUCGGCGAAUUUCAUACCAAUUUUAACACCCCUUUUGGUGGGCCUGAUUGUGAAAAAUGAGGAGGAUCGUACCGAAUGGCAAAUUGUCUUUGCAAUUUCAGCCAUUGUCUUCGGCUUAGGCAAUUUGUUCUACAUUGUCUUUGGAUCAACCCAACUCCAGCCUUGGGAUGAUGAAAAUUUCCUUAAGUCCUCCCAAGAAACACAAAAUGAAGACUACCCCACCGAAAAAAAAUCCAUAGAGAAUAAGGAAAAAUAUUAGGAUACUCACCAAACAUAGUCUUAGACUAGUUAGCUAAUAUCAGAAUAUGUAUUGCUGCAUCAUGUGAUAUGUUUAUGUAUGCCUGUUCAAAAAAAGUAUUGUUUGAAUUAAGAAUUUUAGGAUAAAAACUAUAGCAAAUAAACCAAAUGAGCCAAUAUAUUAUUGGAAGAAAU